AUGGAUUGCUCGUCGAGAGGUGCAGCUCGCCAAUUGCUUAACCAUGAGAUACUCCUCGCCAGUUACGCAACAUACAGAGUUUUCCUCACCAGUUGCUCUCCUACACAGUGUUGCUUGCCAACAAAGUUAUGCUCACCAAUUGCUCACCACAUGAGUUCAUCUCCUCUCGGCAUGGAAAAAGAGGAAGAAUACUCAUAUCCCCAAACACCAUCUAGCUCAAAUCCCCCAACCGCGAAUGCUGGUUACGUGACUCCUUUCAUGACUACAAGCUCCGCUACGAGUGGAAGAGUUGAUAUAGAGGAACCACCUGAAUGUAGAGAAAUUGAUCUUCCAUGUACCUCUGAAAGAGUUGAAGAAAGCAAAAAAGAUAGACCAAAUUCACAAGAAACUCAGGAUGGCAUUGCCAGGACACUGCAGUUAGAGGAUGAAGUUGGUGGUGAUACGAUUGAAGAGCCAAAGUCGAGAAUGAAGUUUAAUUCUUUUGAAGAAUUAAUAGUUUAUUAUAAGCAGUAUGGUAAGAAAAGCAGGUUUGGGGUAAUGAUAAAAAUGAUUGAUAAUGGGGAUGAUGGGACUGUCCGAUAUGUCACCAUUGGUUGUGCUUGUGGUGGGAAGGCCCGGAAUAGGACAUUGAAUGUCGCCAGACCAUGUCCAACAGGAAAGACAGAAUAUAAGGUAAAGAUUAAUGCCUUAAAAAUUAAUAGAAAGUUCCGGUUGACAACUGUUCAUAAUAUCCAUAACUAUGACCUUAGUUCAAAUAAAUCUCGCUUCUUUCGAUGUAAUAGAGAAGUGGGUGACUCUAUAAAAAGAGUCAUAGAUAUAAACGAAAUGACUGGCAUCCGAAUGAAUAAGAGCUUUGGAUCUCUCGUCAUUGGCGUUGGUGGAUUCAAGAACCUCCCAUUUUUAGAAAAUGAUUGCCGUAAUUAUAUCGACAAGGCAAGACAUCUAAGGCUUGGUAAAGGUGGUGCUGAAGCGCUUCGAGAGUAUUUUUGUAGGAUGCAGUAUAAAAAUCUCGGUUUCUUUGCACUGAUGGAUUUAGAUGAUGACGGGAGGUUAAUGAAUGUCUUCUGGGCAGACCCCUGUAGUAUGGCAGCCUACCAAUACAUCGGUGAUGUGGUGACAUUCGACACUACAUAUUUGACGAAUAGAUAUGGGAUGCCCUUUGCACCAUUUGUUGGUGUAAACUACCAUGGGCAGUUAAUUCUGUUGGGAGCAGGAUUGAUUUCCAAUGAGGAUACAGAGACCUUUGUGUGGUUAUUCCAGACGUGA